UUUCCUGCUUGUCCUUCAGUAGCUGCUGAAGACGCCGUAUUUCCCGCUGGUACUGAGCAGUCCUUCUGGCAAAAUCCUCUUCCUGUUCCUUCAUACGGUUGUUCAUGUCUCCAAGCUUCAUGGCAGCUUUUGUUUUGUACAUCUGUGCAAAUUAUUGGAAUGAUAUUGUUACAGUAAUUUCACUGCUAUACAAUAAGUGCUUACAGCUAACACAAUGAUAAACUACUGGCAUGUGGAUCACCUAUGGAAAAAUCAUUUUCCCAAUCCAAAAUGAAAGAUUUUGAAGAUGAUUAAGACGUGAACAGACUUUUGUCAAAAAGUGAAGGAAUUCUCAAAUGCUUCCAGGCUAAAGGAUGCUAAAGGAUUACUCUUUCAAGUCACGUUGAUACACAGUCUUCAUGCUGGGAGAUUCUGCAAUUGUACGUGUUCAGAAUGUACAGAUUUGGUUGAAGGGUCCAAUCUACUAUUGUAAGCAUUUGAUUUAAAGAUGAGCUGCUCUCAAACAGAAGGAGACAAAAGCAUUUCAAGUUCUGACCUAGAAUGCAAAAUCUGUUAUCACAAGUACAAUGGCCACAGCCGAAAGCCUAAAAUUCUGGACUGUUUACACAGAGUAUGUGCAAAAUGUCUAAACAAAAUAUUACUUAACGGUGACGGUUCCCACUGUAUUAGUUGUCCCUUCUGUCGCCAUGAGACAGAGGUCCAUGAGGAUGAAAUUGCAAAUCUCCCUGAUGAUACAAAUAUCAUGUGCAAACUUACAGCAAGAGACAAAACAACAUGGAAUUCUGGCUGCAAAGAGGUAGUUUUAACACCAAAGAACUUAACUUCUUCUAGUUCAACCCUUGGUUCUUCUAACUGUUUAGUUAUUACUAUAAGGGAGGUACAAAGGAAUUCCCCAAGGACACCGAGUAGUCAUACCACCUCUGACUAUUAUGCAGAUCGCAGUCUUGACACCAUGUCUGUUACAUCCCAAAGCAGGAUUGAUCAAGAUGUAUUCUCUAAAAUUUGUAAUCGAGUGCCAAGAAUACUUGUGUGGCUGUUAGGUUUCUUCUAUUUCAGUUCAUUGCCACUUGGAAUUUAUCUUCUGGUAAUCCAAAAAGUGACUCUGGGAAUUGUGUGCGUCAGUCUUGUUCCUUCCAGUCUGACUGUUUGCUUAGUCUAUGGUUUUUGUCAAUGUCUCUGUCAGGGUAUAUGUGAUUGCUCAUCCAGAAAUUAACAGCUGCCAGAUUCUAAGAAAUUAAGGAUUCAGCCAAGAAUUGAAGGUGGUGUCUGGGGCUGUGUUUGUAAUCAGCUGACCUGACAUUCACAGACUUUGAGGAGAUAAAUUUCGAUCACCCUUUGUGUGGAAAAUUGUUUUCUGAUUUCAUUUCUAAAUAACCAAUUUUAAAGGCAGAGUAGAGCAUUUUUCAUGACCUCAGGAUGUCCCGAAGAAUCUUCUAGACAAUUAAUUCUUUUCAAGUGCAGGUGUUGUUAUAAUACAGAAAAUGCACCUUAGAAGGCUCCAUAAAAUUAUAUCACCUUAUUCUGGAAUCUUCAUUGGAAAUAUUUCUCUUUAUCCAUCUGAUCAUAAAGGUAAUAAAAGAUGAAAGAUAAAAUGAUCAAAUUAAAUACUUUGCUUAGGUCAUAUCUCAAUCUAUGAAAUUCAAGGGAAUACAAAGACGCAAAUCCAGUUCAUGCAACCUAACCUCAUUCAAUCCUUUCCAGUACCAGUCCAGUAAAUCUUCACUGUACCUCAGCUAAAGCCAAUAUAUUCUUCCUGAGAAUGUGAUGCUCAAAACUGAAUGAUGUAUUCCUAAUGACUUCAGUAUAAGCAUCACUUUCUCACUCUUAUAUUCCAAGCAACCUUUAAAAGAGUCAAUCAGAUAGUAA